AUGCCUUCUUCCGAGUCUCGGGAACACAAGGAGCUACGGACUGCGAUCCGUGCACUCGUGAGACACUUUGAUGACCUUGAAACACAUCAAUUCGAUUAUAGUCAUCUGAAGACGCACAGAGUAAAUGUCUUGCCCAUGGGUCUGGAUAAUUCCAACGCCGGACCGAGCUUUUUCAAUCCAUGCUCUGCCUCUCUGUUGGACCCUAAUGAUGAAUAUGACCGGGAGAGGUCUAAGUACAGUGGCUUCAACUCGAUCGAUCCAGUAUACAGAUGUCCAAUCAACUGUGCGCGCGGCGUCAUCAGUUAUUUCUCCUACUAUGUUUUUGCCAACGAAAUUCAUUGCGGUUACGACAUUCAUAGCAAGUUAUGGUCUAGUAUCAGGGAUAAUGAUAAAUGGGCUUCUACAAACUUGUUCGAACAUAAGUUUCCUGAAUAUGGAGCCCCCAAGGCCAUUGAGGCCAAAGACCGUUCAUAUCCGCACGUGAAAGCCAUGAUCUAUAGUAACCUGAACGGCGAGGAUGGUCAAAUUCUGCGAGGAGAGAUCGUGGUUGUCCUUCGCAUUAUUCGUGCGCAAGUGAGGCGGGUUCUUCUUUUCUCCUUCAUUGGGCCCCAACAUGCUCGGGUCAUUGAAGCAUAUUUCGAUGGCAGCUCGUUGGUGAUGCGUCCAACCAAACUAUUUGAUCUUCGUGAGAAGGACGAGGCCUUGAUUAAGUUUCUUGGGCAGUGGUACAUCGGAGAGGCGACCGGCGAUACCAAAGUUCUUGGCAGCGGUGAUCCUGACCCUCUACAGACAUGA